AUGACUGACGACUCCGCUCCCCAGGGGGUUCCAACAUGCGACCCGUCCGGAUCUACCGCGGACGAAUCUUCGUUCCGCUUCACACCAAUUAAAGCCUUGCGCGCGAUUCCCCGCCUCUGGGAACGUAAGCCAGCAACUCCUUUCAAGGCUGGCCUCAAGCGGAAGUUGUGGAAGCGCUUCCAGACGUCCUUCUCCAACAUGCAGACAGUGGAAUCGUCCGUUGCCAGGGAUCAAGAUGCGUUACAGACGGCCAUCAAUACAGUCAAGGACUCCGCAUACGUGCGCGGCGUCAAGCGCCUGUGUGUCGCGACUGGCGAGACAACAGUAGGCAAUAUUGGAGGCUCGCUUCAAUCGAAGGGUCCUUUUCUGGAAACGAAGUGGGAAUCAGAGGCUUCAGGCAAGAGACGCAAAUUACCGGAUACAUCAUUCAAGGUGUACAGCGAAAGUGCAUCAAGCACUGCUAAAUCAUCGACAUCUGAGAGCUCUCAGGAGCCUCGCGAGGAUGGAGAUGCCGACGGAGAUCUAACAAUGACUACCUCAUCACCAAUUAUUUUCCAGACUAUCGAAAGCCCCGCGAGAGCGUCCAUCGAAUCCAAUGUCGCGCCUCUGGUACAAUCAGAGUCUGGCUCGGCCGAGCAGAGAGAUCGUGCGGAAUCCGAGUCGUCAGAUGCCAAUGACGCGCGGAAGGAAAAUAGUGACGUUGCACCAACUCCCACGAAGAUUGUCCGAAACGCGUCUCAGAUACAGAAGGGGUCCCUCGUUCGAUCGGCGCUGCGCAGCUCGCUCGACGGGGAGGAUACGUUGCUUCUCAAUGACUUUUUGUCCAAGGCCAUGGCUAAGCGGGCGGCCAAGGCUUCCCUCAAGACCUCGCAAGAAUCCGUGACUGCUCAUACUACUCUUACAAAGCAAGCGAGUUCCUCCCCAUGUUCCAAGGACCAGACUCCGCGCUCCCGAAGAGUUCUUGAGGACCGCGAUACCAAUUCACCCUCGCCCGUGAAAGUGAAGAUGUCGCCGUCCAAGAUCGAGCUCGUGGUUGGCGAUGCUGUCUGCGAGACCAAACCCACCGUCGAGAGUCUGGCAGAGGAACCUGAAGAGUCUGGCCAUGAAAGUCCUGCCUGUCGCCGCAGUGCUCGUGUCAAGGCACCAUCAGCUCCCAUCGUUCCUGUGCGCGAGACCAUUGCGCUGCGCCGCGCCAAAGGUACCGAAUUCGUCUUCCUUCAACGGACGGAAGCGCAAGAAUUGGCAUUGGCUACGCGGCGCAAUACCAAGCAUAAUCGUGGCGACUCGGUGAUGCCAAAAUACGCGCUCCAGGCCAUGGCCCAAGAACAAUCUUCUGGCUCGGACGGUGACACUCGAGAGAAACGGCGACCAUUCCGUGACUACUCGGCAAGUCGCCAGCCAAGCUCGAAGCCUCGCAAGAGUGUCACGUGGAACGAGGAGCGGAUGGUCGAGUACGAGGGCGACUUGGUGACUUCAGCCUCUGCAGCUGAAGAACUCGAGGCGGGCAAUGAGGACUCUGCGGAGAAUAGCCAUGAGAACAUCGCGGAGCCUCCUUCGCAGACGAUUCCCAAUGAAGACCAAGCGGAGGAGCCGCCGCGCGUUGUUUCCCGCAGCGUGCGCAGCAAGAGAUCCCGCGAGGCCGAGGCCGAGGGAGCCCUCAGUCUCAAUCACGACAAGCCCGCGAGCGUGGUUGCUCCCGUGUCAACUACACCGCGGUCUCGCCGCGUCCGAAGGCUGGGUGACUCCGCCAUGGCGUCGGGAACGGUGGUGAAGACGGGCAGUGGGCGAGUCAGCAAACCGCCCACCACGUUCGCAAGCUCGUCAACUGCCUCCAACGGGGCACCAUCCACACCGACCAAGCCACGCCGUAAACUGGUUCCGAAAUCUCCCAGCACUGGGAUGCUGUCCACCACACUUAACAAGGCUGGGGUCAGCGGCGCCAGUGGCGCGUCGCACUUUGCGAGUGGAAUCCCGACUCGCAGCACUAGCAUUGGAGGCUCCGACGGGAUGAAGCGAAAGACCUCAUUUCAAACCAAUGCAGGAUGUACGCCCAUGCCCAAGCGGGUUCGGGCGCGGUCCUGA